GUUGAUCGUUAUAAUUGGACGAUGGAGAUGAAAUGAAGAUUUCCAUGGCGAUAACAAAAUUCCAAUAAUAGCCAUCAUCGAAUUUUCUUAAAUCCUUCAAAUUUUCUUAAAUCCUUCAAAUUUUCAAUCCCAAAAUUCUCUCCCCUGCCACCGUUUGCCCCAAAAAAUGGAAGUUCGGUCAUUGGAAAUCAGAAUCAUCAAAGCUAAUGAUCUCAGAGUCGUUAAUCUCAUCAAUAAAAUGGACGUUUACGCCGUCGUUUCUAUCUCCGGUGACCAUUUAAACAACCAAAAACAAAAAACCACCGUCGACAAAGACGCCGGCCCCAACCCCAAUUGGAAUUUCCCCAUGAGUUUCACCGUCGACGAUGCCGCCGUUCACGACAAUCGCCUUACCCUCAAGAUCAAGCUUCUCUCUGAUCGGAGUUUGGGAGAUCGAGAAAUUGGAGUUGUUUAUGUUCAAAUCAAGGAGUUGUUUGAUUCUAUUGUUCAACGUGAGGGCGGCGGCGAUGACACCGGUAAUAAGGAGAAAUUUGGUAGUUAUAGUGUUCGAUUGUCGAAUGGGAAACAGAAGGGGACUUUGGAUUUGGCUUAUAAAUUUGGGGAAAAAUAUAACGUUGAGUCGCUGCCGCCACUCCCGCCGCAUUCGGCCGAGCAGUACGAUGAGAAGGGGAUGAAGGCACCGCCAGUAAUGGCUUAUCGGUCGACAUUUCCUGCUCCUAGUUCAUCAUAUCCACCACCGGUAGAUGCAUACCCGCCGCCACCCGGUGGAUAUCCUUACGCUCCGCCGCCGGGGGCGUAUCCAGCGUCGCAUUCGGGUGGAUAUCCGCCGCCUCCGGGGUAUGGAUAUCAGCCAAUGCAGCCACCGAAGAAGCCGAAGAAGACCGGUGGCGGUAAAGUAAUGGCAGGGGGAGCGGGGGUCGCAGCCGGUUUGGUUGGUUGGUGGUUGGUCGGAACUGUGAUACCGGACGUUUGAGAAACAUCGAUGGCGGUGGCGGCAAAUGACGACGGCGGUGGGAGAGGUGACAUAAUAAUAAAUAUAUGGAAAAGUAUUGUAAUUUGAAAGUGGAGUUCUCUCAUGGACUCCAUUUCAUAUUCUUUGUUUGAAACAAAAUUAUAUCAAUUAUUUUACUAUAAUUUCAACUUC